AUGUUGUCCACCCGACCGAGCCGUCGCUCACACGCCGCAGCGCUUCCCUCCCAGGCCUUAGGGCAACACAACAUCUUCACCCUUCCCCCGUCUCCUCGCCCAGGACGACGGACCGUCAGGAGGAAGGGCACCGUCUCGCCACCGUUGACGGGCAACGACCGCCGACGGUCAUCAGUCAGCUCGGGCACGCCGUCCAUCUGCUCCACCUACCCUUCCCCACCCAACAUCAUGCUCAACUCUCCCAUCACCGCCAACAUCAAGACGCAGGCCGACCUGACGAAUCACUACCGUGCCUACCUGCGCGCCUUGAACACUCGCACCUUUGACCUCGUCGGGCGCUAUGUCGCCAAGCUACUGCGCGUUGGUCCCGCAAGCGCUACCUACACGCCCGAGGACAUUGUCGCCGACAUCCAGGGCCGCACCAUCGCCGCGCGCCUCUCGGUCGAGUACCCCGUCAACGCCCCGAUCAGCUCGACGUUAGCGAACAGCUACGGGCACCAGCAGACUGGCUCGCUGUCGUCCACAGCUGGCGAGAGCCUGUGCGACAACUGCUCGGCCUCGAACCCGCCCACGCCCCCUUCGACCGGCACUGGUGGCCGCUCCCCGCGCGUGUGCCAGGUCGACGAGAUGGUCUUCUACCGCUUUGACGAGGACUGGCGCAUCGUCGAAGUCAACUCGAUGGUGCAGCCGCGCCGCGAGCGCGACCCGGCCAAGUCGCAGUCGGGCCACGAGCGAGGCUCCUCCAGGGGCUUGACCCAUGCGCGCAGUCGUUCGCCUUAG